AAGCAGCAUUAUGAAGACCAUCCAGACAGAUUUGACCAUCUUUACUUAGUUCUCUGCAGAGAAGGCUUAUCUGGAUGUCGUUAUUUCUGGGAGGUGGAGAGGGAUGGUGACAUGGCUGACAUUGGUGUGGUGUACAGAGGACUGAAGAGGAAGGGACGGGUGGAUGAAAGUUGGAUUGGAGCCAACAGGAAGUACUGGUGUUUAUUCUGCUCUGAUAGCCUCUAUUUAUUUUACCAUUCUGGAGUCAGCAGAUGCAUCCCUGGUCCUGUUUCUAAGAGAGUUGGAGUGUAUCUGGACUGGCCAGCUGGUACUUUGUCCUUCUAUAGUGUGUCCUCCUCUGGUACACUGACACACCUUUACACAGAACACACCACAUUCACUGAACCCCUCUAUCCUGGGUUUGGGUUGAGCGUUUUCUCUUCCUCAGUGACCCUGUGUCAGAUAGAUGAUCAACACAAUCAAAGCAGAGACCAUGGUGGAGAGUGUUGUAUCAAGCCUGGACCUGAGAAAUGGAUUCCUCAGAGCUGUAAGACUUGUGACCAUGUUGAGGACUCCACACACUGGCUUCCGAUUGAACCCUUGACUUCCACUGUCCAGGGAGUGACAAUGUUCAGGAACAGGACACCCAAAGGGCGUUAUGAGUGCACAGUGUCUGGGCUCCGCUGGGUGUGUGACAGAGAUGUCAUUCUGAAGUAUCACUUCAGUAACUGGUAUCCCUACAGUCACCUUCUGAAAGACAUGCAGUACGGACAAGGUGGUCCAUUGCUGGACAUCACUAUGGAGUUAGGUGAACUGGAGGAAGUUCAUCUGCCACACUUUGUCUGUUUAGGGACCAACCCUUCCCUGAGGAAUGAGAUGAAGAUUCUUCAUGUAGAGGAACAUGGAGUGUCUGUUGAGGAAGUGCAUGAGGUCACCAGAUUCCAUGCUAAGAUUCUCCAUCCCAAGUUCUCAGCUAUCUCUGUUAUACUGAGCUAUAUCUUUUCGUGGAACAUAGAUGUCCACUGUGAGCUGAUGCUCUAUAUGACAGUGAAAAAGGAAACACUAAUUCCACGCCUAUACCUGUUCCCCAGUAACCCCAGCCAAAUACAGGCUGUGGAACAACAGGAAAAGUCUCAAGGGUCUUCAAGGGUUCUCAUCUCAAGACCAGAGCAGGCCUUCAAACUGAAUAGUUACUUCAGACUGAACAUUCCCUGUUCUACCUACAUCAAUCCACAGAAGAUUCAUCUCAUACAUAGAGACUCCACACCAAGCUUUUUCAAGGCGGUUGUGAAAAUGACAGGGGUUGACAUUGAGAUGGAGUUAUUCGGUGAUGAUGAGAGGAUUGCAUGGAAAGAAGUGGUAUCACAAGAUGAAUACAUCACUGCCACCCAUUCAACAACAUUAACAGUCCCUGACAUUCCUGCUGAGGAGUUUCUGAAGAAACACUGGGCUAAACUAAUUCAGCGAACCAAAAACUCAAUGCCAAUAGCAGAUGAUCUGUGGUCAAAGAACAUGAUUGGUGAAGAAGAGCACUCCAGAAUAACAGCUGAAACAACUGAACAGGACCGAAUGAGAAAACUACUGAAAGCAGUCAUCCCCAAAGGACCAGAAGUGACGGGAGCUUGUCUCAAAGCUCUCGUUGAACAUGAAAACCAUCUUGUUAAGGACUUGAGUGAAUCUAGGUAAGACAGUUUUCUUUGCUCCCUCCCUUGAAUA